AUGUCUGGAAAAUUUUUUGUCGAAAGACCAUCAUCAAAUGCACGUAUUACUAUUCUUAAAAGUAUACCAGAUUGUGCUUUAGAACCUGAAAUUCUUGAUCGUCUAUCAGUUGCUACAAAUAACUUUAGUGGAGCAGCUGUCAGUAUCACUGUUAAAUGUAUUGCAGAACGACGUUCUAAUAGAAAAUAUCAAGUAGAUUAUAUUGAAGCACUGGAAAUAGCUGAUCGUACUGCUCAACAAUGUCAAAUCUUAUUUGGCAGUGAAACAUUACCACGUCUUUUGUUGCGUAAUUUACUCAGUGGCUCUACUCUUCCUAUUCCUAAAUUAACAAAUAAUUCUAUCUAUGCUAGACGAAUUGUAGUAGAUUUAUAUAAUGGUUAUGUACGAAUCGAAGUACAUAAACAAUGUACCGAUCCAACAAAUCAUUCUCUAUCAAUCAUCGAACAUAAACUUCAUUCAAUUGAGAUAAAUGUUCAAACAUUACUUGAACGAUUGACUUUGUAUGGAAAAAAUCGAAAUGUACAACUACUUCAAUUAGUCGAUUUGAAUCUACUAGCUUCACAAGGUGCUUAUGACGAGAGAAAAGUCUUUGAAACAUUAAGAGAUCGUUUUGAUGAAUGUGUUGCUUAUACACGUUCAAUGCUUGUUUAUGAUCUCGAUGCCUUAGUUGGUGUCAAUAAAUCUGAAUCGAAUUCGAGUAUGGGUCGAUCUACGUCAUCAUCUGUUGUUAAUCAAAGUAUUUAUACAUAUGUACGUGCAAGAUUUCGUGAUUGCGCUAUAGAAUAUGAUCAAGGUAAAUCUAAAGACAAAAUUGAACGAUGGGCUGUGGCUAUUAUUCGUGAACCUUUUUUAUUACGACAAUUUUGUACUGAUGUUCAAUUUGCCCGUACUCCUCAAGAAGAACAUGAACUCGAAUUAGAACGAUGUAAGGCAGAAAAUCUAAUUAAAUGCGUUAAAUGUAAAGAUUUUUAUAUUGAAAAUGAAAACAAAAUGGGUAAUUGUGUUCAUCAUGAUGGAUUUAUAUAUGAUAAUUCAGCGGCUGAUUUAACAAAACAUACUCCAAGUGAAGCAAUGAUGUUAUUGAACGAACUUGAAUGUCAUCUUAUCAAUGAUGCUGAACGACGUGACGAACUAGAGCAAAAAAAAACGAAAUUUAAAUGGAUCUGUUGUGAUGCAAUACUUGUUAGUGGAAAUGUGGGCGGUUGUAAAAAAGGAAAACAUGUUGAUAGACUAGCUCGAACCAAUAUUCAGCAAUGGGAAGAAUCUUCUUUAUGUAAUGAAGAAUAUAAUGAUAAAUGGCUCUUGUUAUUACAAAAUCGUGGUUAA